UGGGUGGACCAUUUGAACCUGAUUAUAGUUAUUAACAUUCACCGGUUGUGUAUAUUUCUGUCUGGGUAUAUAGUACUAUUAUUUUCAUGUUUGAUGCGUUUGGAGAUAAUUUAGUCAGAGUGACUAAAGGGACUUUUAUUUUGGCUUUCCGACCUCAUUGUGUGACGACGUCAGUAAAGUGCGCUGCCUGCAGCUCGUCGGAGCGAAAUAUGAAAGCGGUUCUCCGAUGUCACCUAAUGUGUUGGUAUUUACAUAUAACAACGUAACUGCCGUAAUACCUUUAAAUAAACAAACUUAAAAGCAAACCAAACGCUCAAUGUAAUGUUAAGUAAAAUUGGGGUCUGGGGACCCCCACGAGGGGGGACAUUUACUCAGUACAUUUGCUCAAAGUCACUGUGGCAGCUGUGAGACCGUCAGAGGAGACCUGGUCCUCCCGGCUGAGUCUAGUUUCUUCCGACGUUUCUUUUCUCUCCAUUUAUUUAUCAUAGGAGUUUGGGUUCCUCGCCACAGGUCUGUCCUCUGUAGUACUCUGUACUAAAACGGUAAAUAUCGGGAAAGCCAUAAAUACAGAAGAAGCCUAGCAAACAGGAAUCACACCUUCUGUUACAACAAAUUCUUCUACUCAAUUAUUCUGACUCACUGUUGUAAUGAUUAAGUGCUUUAUAGAGAAGAGUGAUGAAGCAUUAUACACAAUGACAGAUGAAGAUACUGAGGAAAAAACAGGUGGUCCUUGGAAAUUGUUGAAAGGAUUUCACGAUUUUGAAAUGAAGACUUUUAUUUUGUUUGUCGGGGCUUUCUUAUGGUGACGUCACAUGGAGUGCGACGCAGGCUGCUUGUCAGUCGAUUUUUGAGGUCUUUUUCUGGAGUCCUCAAACAUCUCACAAUGUUCAUCAAAACCAUUCACACGCCAAUUCAUCUUUCAAUACUAGCCAAACAUGCUGGAACCACACCUGCUGUCACAGCACAUUCUACUCCUCGACUAUUCUGACCCGGUGUUGUAAUGAUGGAGUGUGUUAAAGAGGAGAGUGAUGAAGAAUCAUACACAAUGAGAGAUGAGGAUACUGAGGAAAAGAGAGAUCUGAUUGGAGUGACAGAGGAAGGUCAAGAACACAGUGAGGACGAACAGCAGUAUCAUAAUGUAAUAACUGGAGAAAAUUCAUUCAGCUCCUUACAAACUGAUGAGAACUCCCCUCAAAAGAGAACCAAAGCCAAACAUUCUUUUGAAUGCCAUAUUUGUGGUAAGACGUAUUCAAGAAAAGGAUAUCUUCAAGAUCAUAUAAUGACUCACACUGAACAAAAACCUUUCUCAUGCCCUCAAUGUGGAAACAGAUUUAAACAUAAGAGAAGCGUUGCUGUUCAUAUGAAAAGUCACACUGGUGAUGAGCCUUACACUUGCCCUCAGUGUGAUAAGACUUUCACAGCCAAAAAAAAUCUAGAGAAACACAUACGAGUUCACACGGGAGAGAAACCUUUCAAGUGCCCUCAAUGUGAUAAGAGUUUUACACAACAAGGACAUCUUAAGUAUCACAUACGGCUUCAUACAGGUGAGAAGCCUUACUCGUGUAAUCUGUGUGAUAAGAGUUUCACACAAAAACCGAGCCUCGAUCAUCAUCUGAUGAUUCACUCAAAUGAAAGGCCGUUUAGCUGUAAUCAGUGCGAUAAAAAGUGUAUUACUGCAACGCUGCUAAAUAGACACCAAAGGACUCAUACUCGUGUGAAAGGUGGCGUGUGCUCUGUGUGUGGAAACGUUUUUCUGACGAACAGAUCCCUUCUGCAGCAUCAAAAGGUUCAUACUGGAGGAAAAACUUUCAAGUGCUCAAAUUGUGGAAAGGGCUUUAAACAGACUUGCCACCUAAAACAACAUGAAGGAAAGCAUACCGGAGAGAAGCCAUACCGCUGCCACGCAUGUAAGAAAAGUUUCACGGCUUAAAGAAUCAUUUAAAAGAGACCUGUCCUCACAAAGUGAGCAAGUUGCCUACCUCCAUACUACAUAGCGUGUUGUAAAUUAGCAUAGCUGAAUACUUAGUAUAUUUAAAAAGCAGUACUAGAGAAAUACCGAGGUGCUUAACUGCUUUUUUGUAUGCAUCAGACAGACACUUUUCUAUCCCGUGAGGAUCUGAGUGAUGUAUGUACCAGAAAUGUAUUGCUUAGGGUUAAGUUGUACUUAGGUGGGUAUGAUGCAGAGAACUGAAAAUGAUUGAAGUUUUUAUUCAAAAGUAUUUAAAAAAUGUGUUGUUAUUGCAGUGAUUGUCUAGCACUGCACAUUUUGUAUGUCUUUUUUUCAGACACAAUUUAUUCAGGUCAGAAUCUUCAUGCUAUAGCAUAUACUGAUAUUCUAGAGAUUUGCGUGCUUCUUAUUUUAUAGCAACAGUUUAGGAAGGACAAUUUUCUAUUACAACACCACAAUGCCUCUGUGUAUGAGGAAAGAUCCUGAAAGAAAUGAUUGAUUGAGUCAGUCUCGAAGAACAUGACUAGUCGGCAUAAAGCCAUGUCCUGAACCUAGCUGAACACAUUUGUUGUGACUAAGUGCAGACCUGGAGUCAAAAACUCAUCACCCCACCACAAUCACCUGUGCACAGGAGUACAGUUUUGAGACAGAAAAGCGUUCUGAAACUGUUGACAAUGACAUUUCUACAAACGGCAUUGUAAAGAAUUUGGUUUCCAUCUCAGUUGCAACAGUUUUGAUAGCACCCUUUUUUCUGUUGCUCACACGGCUGUACCCCUGUGAGACAGAAACUCAUCACUGCACAUCAGGUACUUAGAAAGUCUGCAUUAAAAAACACACCAAAUGUGUUGAUGUGGGACUUGGCUUUAUGCAACUGUUUCUAUAAAAUUAAAAACAGGUAAUUCUCUAGAAUAUCGAUGUAGGCUAUAGCUAACGGAUUUGAUAUCAUGGAAAUAAUGUAGUCAAACCUGUACAUUAGAAGGAAUCAUCCCCAAACUUUUGUCCAUAUAGUGUUUAUGUGCAUUUGGCAAUAAGUGUGCAUGGUUUAUGUAUGUACAGUUACUGAAUGAAAUAAUUAACUUACAUAAGGUGUCUGCUCAUUAAAAAGUUAAUGAGUUAUUUACAUGAUUGAGUUUGUUUUAAGUACUUAAAUGACAACAU